AUGGCCCGCGCCGGCGCGCCGCCCGGGCCCGCGGGCGUCGGAGGACUGCCGGCCACCUCUCUGCAGGUCACUGCCCGCCACUAUCAGCUCUUCGAACUGCUCGCUUUCCUGUCUUUUGAUUUACCCACGUCGCUCGGAGCGUCUCUCGGACCGCGCGACGGCUCGCCCCGCCAAGAGCCCGCGCAGACGCCACGGCGCCAGCUGGUUGGAGGUUGGCAGCGGACUAUGGCGGCGGGUGAGGAAGAGGGCGCCAGUGGCGGCCGAAGCGAUGUGAUGUCAGAGGCGAGCGGAGACGAGAAGGAGAUGGCGGUGCGCGGAGAUGGCGACACGUGA